CUUGGUGACACGACACGAUUUCUCGCGCCACUGACACGAGCGAGGAAAGCAGAUCGAUCUCCGGGUGGUUCGUGUAGGAACCCCCAGGUCGUCCCUCUUGUGGCGUCGUCUCCCGGGGUCUUUCGGAGAAGCCAGGGUCGCCGGGAGCGGUUCUAAGGGUAGAUUUUGUCCCGCAGAUGAGAGUCGUGCCGGUGGUCGUGGCGUGUCUGCUGGGCGUGGUGGCCGUCGGCGUCGCGGCCGAGGAUGUGACCGCGGACGACCAGGCUCCCCCGAACGACCAGUCUCCCCCGAACGACCAGUCCCCCCCGAACGACCUGUUCCCCCCGAACGACCUGUCCCCCUCGGAGGAGCACGAGUCCUUCGACGACGACAGCGGCCGAGGGGAAAGGAUCUUUGCCUACUACACCUCGACGACCACGACCCGCCUCACGACCUCCACCCUGACGGCGCUCUCCACCUGCCUCUCGAUCCUCGGCACCGCCACGGCCUGCCGGAGGAGGAAGAGGAGGGCGGGCAGGCUGGAGUCCAUUGAGGACGAGGAUAUCGCGGCCCUGGAGCUCGAGGGGAGCGUCAGGUCGGUGGAGAGCUUAGAAGAGCUUUCCCAGCAGCAGCGGGACUUCCUCCAGAGGGACGACCGCAAGUUCACCAUCUGGACGACCGGCUUCACGACCCUCACUCUCACGACGACCUCCUACAUCGCCGGGACGACCGUCACUGCCACGGCUUACUGCAUCACUCCUGGUCUCACGGCGGGAUGCUUCGGGAAGUAGGGACGACUUGGGACGACCUGGUGGCGUGUCGUUCUGACCACUCGGGCGCAGGGACGACUCUCUUUUUUUUUUCUUUCUUUCUUUUUUGAAGUCGUAGUUUCCUGCCAGUUCACAGGGUCAGAUUGGAUACACUGACAGGUCGUUUUGGCCUAACCCCCAAAACGACUAAGAAUACGACCUUCUCCUCACUUGUUUCCCCCCCCCCCACGCUGGUCACGGUGACGGGCUGGAAACGACCUCCCGAUACGACUUUGUCUCCAGGAGUUGUAGAAGGAGGACCCUCAAAACGACCUCUCGUGGAAGGUCGUCCAGUCCGUCACAGUGCUAAGCGGGACGACCCAGGACUGUUUCCUGAUAUCAUGCUCUUGUUUGAUAUUGAUUAUAUCUACGUAUAUAUAUAUAUUUGGACUCUCCGCCGCCGCUUUUACGUAACUUAAUAAACUUAUUUUAGGAUCAUUGUCAAUGUUACUUUUUACUUGAUUUAAGUUCGUGCUCGCUGAUAUUUUCUGGCAUAUACAAUAUCAAUAAAUAAAAGAAUUGAUAAACUA